UCUCGGCCGCCGAGCUCCGGCUGCGGCAGCCCGGGGGUGAGCAGCGGCGGCGGGAUGGACUGGCAGGUGCUGACCCGGGAGCUGUCCCUCUACCUGGAGAGCCAGGUCCGCGUGGGGCUCUUCGGCUCCGGCGUGGGCUUGUCGCUGGUGCUGGGCUUCGGCGUCGCCUACGCCUGCUACUACCUCAGCAGCAUCGCCAAGAAACCCCAGCUGGUGGCCAGCAACAAACGUUUCUGCCGCUUUCUCGAGGAAUAUUGCCCUGUUGUGACAGAAACUUACUAUCCCACGAUUUGGUGCUGGGAAGGUCGGGUGCAGACACUCCUGCGGCCCUUUAUCACUUCUAGACCCCAAGUACAGUACAGAAAUGAGCUCAUUAGAACAGCAGAUGGAGGACAGAUUUCGUUGGAUUGGUUUGAUAAUAAUGACAGCUUAUAUUAUCCGGAUGCCAGCACAAGACCUACUGUCCUGUUAUUGCCUGGUCUGACAGGAACGAGCAAGGAAUCCUACAUUCUUCAUAUGAUCCAUCAGAGUGAAACACUGGGAUAUAGAUGCGUGGUUUUUAACAAUCGUGGAAUUGCUGGUGAGGAUCUUUUGACACCAAGGACUUACUGUGCAGCUAACACAGAGGAUUUAGAGGCAGUUAUUCAUCACAUACACAGCUUGCACCCCUCAGCUCCGUUCAUGGCAGCCGGUGUUUCUAUGGGAGGCAUGCUUCUUUUAAAUUACCUGGGCAAAACUGGCAGAGACACUCCUUUAAUGGCAGCUGCAAUUUUCUCUGCGGGUUGGAAUGUUUUUGAGUCUGUAGAGUCUCUGGAGAAGCCACUAAACUGGCUUCUUUUCAACUAUUACUUGACUACUUGUCUACAAUCCUCCAUCAGCAGGCAUCGACAAAUGUUGGAAAAAUUAUUUGACAUGGAUCUCGUGAUGAAGGCUAGAACUGUUAGAGAAUUUGAUAAACAGUUCACUUCAGUCAUGUUUGGCUACCGUACAAUUGAUGAUUACUAUGAAGACGCUAGCCCAUGUCGCAAGCUGAAGUCAGUAGGAAUUCCAGUGUUAUGUCUGAACUCUGUGGAUGAUGUGUUCUCACCGGGUCAUGCUAUACCAGUAGAAACUGCCAAACAAAACGCAAACGUUGCUUUGGUUCUGACUUCUUGCGGAGGCCACAUUGGUUUUCUGGAAGGAAUAUGGCCAAGGAAGUGCACUUACAUGGACAGAGUCUUCAAGCAGUUCGUGCAAGCUGUGUUUGAGCAUGGAAACAAAAUCUUUAGCAUGUAGCUUUGGACCACUACUGUAGCACAGUGGCACAUUCUGACAAGGGCAGUUAAGCUUAAUGCACAAAUUUUAACUACUGUAAGCCAGCAAAUGGAUGAAGUCCAUUAGUACAUGCAAAAAUAUUUUUUGCCUAAGAUUUUGUAGCAAGAAACUAAAUAUUAUGUUGUCACUUUUGUAUUUAUUUUUAAUAUGCCUUACUAAGAAUGACCUUAAAUGAAACAGCAUUCUGCAUACAUCAAAUUGCACUUAACCAAAACCAUCAAGUAAAUAGAUUGUAAUUCCUCAGGAUUUUAAUUUAAACUACUAUAUAUUUAGGAGACUUAAUGUAGAUGGCUUUUAAUAUCAGAAUGGCAACACUCAAAAUAGCAUUUAUUAUCUUGUCACACAUAGUUAAAGUUGAUAUAUUCCUUAGGUGAAAAUCUUAAAAUAUGGAAACAAAAGGAAGGAACACGAAGAAGCACUGGUUCUUCAAAUAGGUCUAAAUUGCAGCAUACUAUUCCGUAGCAUUAGACUGAUCUGCUUUUGCUGUUUUACCCUGAGAGUGUCCAGAUUUAGGGCCAGUUACUGUUUUUUAAACGAUGUCAAUGCCAUUUUCAUUUUACAUGAUUUUUUAAACAGUUUAUUUAUAGUGUUUACAUAUAACCAAAAGAUUCCUUUAAAACAGUACUGUAAUAACUUAUGUAAUUGAAAGACAUUUUGCAUUUCAAUGUUUGUGUAUAGCCGGGUGUUACCAUAUAUGUAAUACAUACUUCAUAUAACUGGUAAUUUCAAUUAUUCUGUCUGUUUAUAUUACCCUGCGAGAACAUUUCAGUUUUAAAGAAUAAACAUUAGAGCAUUAGGAAACUAUCAUAAAGUUUGUUUUAAAUUAAAAAAAAAAAUCUGAACCCAUUGCCUCUGCUAUUGUUUCAGAUAAUUUCUAAAACGGGUGUAGCAAACUGUUUAAAGAAAGGUGGGAGCUGGGGGGUGGUCUCUCUGGUUUGCUGUUUGAUCCUUUGUCAGCACUUCGGCAAGAGGCUGUGACAUCAGCGUUCUCCUCAGCCCUGCAGCAGAGCGAGAGCUAAAGCGGGUCCCUGAGGAAAAAGGACAGUUAGACGCAUUUUGAAACUGCUGGGAAGUCCUAAUUUAGGGCACGUUGAAAUUAAAUCUUUUAACCAGCUUCCGUGGAGAUCCCCUCUCAUUCUACUGUCUGAUUUGGGCCUAGCCACACAAGAUCAGGCAGUAAAAGUGCAAAGGCGUCUUCAUUUUUAUGUUUUGAGCAGGGUCAGAACCACAAGAAAACGUGGAUAAAAAGGCAAGUCAGGUCUUCUGUCACAAGCAGUAUGUGAACAGUCCUCUUGCGAGGCAUGUUUCCUAGUAACAGCAAAGGCAAAGGAAGAACAAAAAUACUUUUUGUCGUUAGAAGAAGAAGAAAUCAGGACGUGCUAUAGGAAAGCUAGUUUUGUAAGGUGGAGGGUUAAAUUAAAAAUCAGAAAGUGCUUUUAGGUUUUGACUUCUUAGGGCAAGGCAUUGGUCCUUGUGCAAAUAAUAAAAUCUAACUUCUUCCCUGAUAAGGAAAACGAGAAAAUUGACUUGUAAAAGUGAAACAAAAUUUUGUGCAUGUUGCUACAACAGAUGAAAUCAGCAUAUUAGUAGGGUGCCUUAUUCAUCCUUACAUUCAUUUCCAUUACAAAAGUUAUGUUCCUACAAAAACAGCGAGCAAUAAACUGUGUAUUGUGUAUUAUAUUUGUAAGAUCGUUCAGGUGCAGUAUGUUCAAAACUCAACAUCAACUAUUAAUAAAAAAUAAAACCACUUAUAUUAAAAACACACCUUACCAUUUAAAUAAAAGUAACGUGGCAGAAUUUGUGUCUCUUUGCACUGUCUUAUUUCAUUUAGGUCCAAUCCCGUGUAGAGAUCCACAUGGGACAUUUCUCUUUAAAUCUACAUUUAUAAAUGCCUAUAAAGAUGUUUGUUUAAAGGUGCGUGUCCCCCACCCCCAGUGUACAGUGCUUUUGCUUACAACCUGUUAGGGAAAAUGCAUUGUUCAAAGUGACAAAAAUCAGAUUUACAAGGGCCAUCUUCAAGCUUUUGUGGUCAGAUUUUCUGAAACAUGAAGUGUAGACACCUCAGUUCUUGCAGGAGACACAACAAGAAGUAAGAAGUGCUAGAAGCACUUCUGCUAUGUAAUAUCUUUAGACCUUGUACACUGAGCUUCGCUAGUAAGCCAAAACGCUGAGCCCAGAAUGUGCCCUCUGUUCAGAAGAGUGAAUUCAUCGGGUCCUUGGCUUUUCAUGGGGUCUGAGUAACCAGACAGCAACAGGGAUACAAAGUGCUGGAGACGGGAGAACGCUGUUAGUAAACAAUGUACGCGUUGGUGGAAAGAUGGAGAAUGAAAUUCCAAGUCACAAAGGUUGCAGGCACCUCUUAAAGAAAAUUUUCCUCCUAGUUCAGAGUCGGGUCGUAGCUGAAGUUGGAAGGAACGUCUGGAGAUUGUCUAAUGCAAUCCCCCUGCUCGCAGCAGUGCAAAUUAUGUACUUGCUCCAAAACAUCCACCUCUUCUCAGCUUGCUCUUGGAGUCAACGCGAGGUACAGUUUAUACCUGUGAGGCCUUCAGUCACCCAGGAACCACAUUGGACCUAAGCUGACUUAGUAUCAGAACACAAAGACCAAGAUUUUAAUGUAUUAAGUACACUCUUGCCAAAUAGAUGUAGAAAAUCUGAAAAUUUAAAAUACAAUGGAAAGCGUGGUUCUUUGAAUGCAAAGAAACUAACCCGUGGCAUACAUCUCACACUGAACAAAGGGAGGAUCGAUGCUUUUUUUAGAAACCAGGGCACGCAGCGGUGCAUUUUACAAGACUUAACCGGAAUGGGCUGUGGAGAACAGUGCACGACUCUACAGGAGCUGGUGCGGAGAAAAUGGCAAGGCAGUGCUGGUGACUUGAGGCAGCUCUUCAAGGUCGUGCCAGUACGACAGCGAGUGUCAAGCUCCAGACAUCCACGUGCUGAUUGUCACAGAGUACAAUCACUGUGAACUAGACUGACCACGACAGGGGUUGGAAAAGAACUCAGUUUUCAAGAAUUAGACCCAGGAUGCGGUUCUGGAAGCUUCUCCUUACCUUCUCUCAGCUGCAAGUUACCUUUUCCAACUGAGAUCUAGCAGGCAAUUGUUUGAGCCCUUGAAGUCAACAAAAUGGAGCAAUUUCUUAAAGAUUCUUAAAUUCAACACGCGAGCAAUGUCAACACAUGUCCCAGUCCAGUCCAGUUUAUUCCAAUGCACCGUCACCCUGCGAAAAACGAGGAAACUCAUUCCCAGAGUCGCUGAGUUGCUGCCACACACCGGCACCCUUCAGCCUGCGUCACGUGCUGUUCUCACCCCAGGGUGCCAGCUGCUCAAAAAGAGCCUUAUAACACUCAAGGCAAUGAAAAGACAGAAGGAAGGUAUAAAAAAGCCCAAGUGAAUCCCCCUAGGGUCUUUCCACAUACCUCCAACAUGUAUGCUGGAUUUCCUCCCCAGGGUAGGUUAGCAACACUUCCUGCCAGCCAGGAAAGUUACAACAGCAGCCGAUCUGUUGUAGAAUAUCCCAGGCAUGUUUUUUGUUUUUAUAGUUGUUGUCUUGUUUUUAAUUCCAAGAGAAGAAAAAUCUGCCAAAUGCACCAGCAGCCACAAUGGGCAGCAGUUCUUCACUGGCGAAAUCAUAGAAUCACAGAAUGGUUUGGGGUGGAAGGGACCUUCAAGAUCACCCACUUCCAACCUCCCCGCCACGGGCAGGGACACCUCCCACCAGCCCAGGCUGCCCAAAGCCCCAUCCAGCCUGGCCUGGAGCACCUCCAGGGAUGGGGCAUCCACAGCUUCUCCGGGCAGCCUGUGCCAGUGCCUCACCACCCUCACAGUGAAGAAUUUCCUCCUGAUGCCUAAUCUAAAUCUCCCUUCUUGUAGUUUAAAACCAUUCCCCCUUGUCCUAUCAUUACCUGCCAAAGUAAAAAGUCACUCUUCAUCUUUUUUAUAAGCCCUAUUUAAAUAUUGUAAAGCUGCAAUUUGGUCUCCCUGGGGCCUUCUCCUCUUCAGGCCGAACAUCCCCAGCUCUCUCAGCCUUUCUUCAUAGGAGAGAAUACUCUUGCUCUGUGGGAUCCAAUUUUCCCGUCCCUUUUUUUCUGUUGGAGAUGCAAGAACCCAGCCCCUCCACUCCUCCUGGAUGGUACAGGGACUUUUUGAAUCUGCUGCAAGGAUGGAAGGAAGGGCCCUGUGCUGUCUCAGCUGCCCUUCAGGUCCAUUAAAGGAACGAUUAGAAGUUUUAGCCAUUAGAAAACCCCUAGUUCAAAUCAUCUUCACAUGUGGCCUUAGCUGAGCUGUCUGAAGUGUUCUUCCGAUGCCCAAGGAGUGCGUGCAGGGUUAAUUGCAGCUGUGAGGUUUAAGCAGCUACUGCCUCUGCCUCUGUCAGUGCCACUUGCUUGCUCAGAUGAGAUACCUGAUAACCAGCAGGGCAGGUCCAGGGUGUGUUAGCAUGUCAAAGGGGCUGCAAGACCUCUGUGCUGGCUGGGCUGCUGUGGUUGACCUUGGGAUCAAGAGCUCAAGCCUGCAGCCAUGCAGCCUGCCCUAGGGCUGCAGUUUCACCAGCAGCUGCGCCAGCGCUAACAGCUCCCUCCUGCCAAAAGCAGGCGGCUUGCUCUUCCUCCUCCCCUACCUUUUGUUAUCCCCGAUUCCAGUCAUAUGGCCUUCGGCCUUCAACUUUUUUGUUUUUUUGCCAGCUCAGCAAGUUAAAUUUCCAUGUCUAGCAGGGCAAGGUGCUAGAGAAAGGGUGGUGUGAGGUAAGGAGCUGGAGCCCACCACUGAGAGUGGGGAAAGAAAUUGGAGAAAACAGUGGGAGAGGCUUCCUGCUUUUGGUGACAGCUGUCACACAGGGUCACUGCAUCUCCUGAAGCUGUAGCCCAGUAGGGCACCCUCUACAAUUAGUGGGAUGAUCCAUGUAUCGGAUGAAUUACAGCUCCUGUAAAAAAGUGGCAUAACUUAGAAGCAAGUAUUUUUUCACUUAGCUGCAGUCAACAGGCGCUCCAUCAGUAUUACAGUUAAACUUGGUAAAUCAGGCUAAAUUAACAUUAAAUCCUUUUGGGGUUACACCUGUUCUAUCCAGAUACUCCACCUGGGCAACUGCAUGCAGUUCCUCCUUCCUCCCCCAAGUCCCCGAGUCCUACAGUAAAUCCAUGCCCGAGCGCUCCUGUUCACAAUCACCACAGCUUCUGAAGACAGCACAUUUCUGAAAAGUUUGUGAAGUUCACGCUCUUGCAGUUAAGAAAGUGACAUUUGCCAGCACGUUCACACUGAAAUCAGUGCUUCAAAAUGCUGCCACCUUGUGUGCAAAGUUGGAAGUUUACUCAUAUUCUAUACCACGACCCGCGAUUUUCCAAGUUUUUGGAGUUUAAUGCUUUACAAGAAUGCUUGCUUCUUUACAACAUCGCUGCUGUUCAGCAAAUUACUAUUCCAUGGAAGGA